GAACCGCCAUUCUCUCUUCAGGGACUGAGAAAACCUCGAAUUCUUUCAUCGGGAUAGCCGACUUCAAGGGCCUAACCUCGGACUCCCCAAGACAGGCGACGGUCCAGCAGUGUGUGUGAGACGCGAAGACGGAACCGGGCAGUGAAGAUGGUGUAAGUUGCGCUUGGGCGCCAUGUUGCUGAAACAUGCUGCCGUGUUGCGGCCGGGGUUCGGCCAGAUUGCUGCAUUGUUGCUGGUAGUGCUCCAAACGGCCGCAUGGGUGCAUGAUGUUAGCCCAAAGAUGUACGUCCAGUUUGGAGAGGAGCAGGCGCAGAGAUUUCUGGGUAACGAGUCGCACAAGGACCACUUCAAACUGCUGGAAAAGGACCAAAAUUCCCUCCUCGUUGGUGCCAGGAAUAUCGUGUACAACAUUAGCCUCCGAGACCUCUCAGAGUUCACAGAGCAGCGGAUCGAAUGGCAUUCCUCAGGAGCUCACAGGGAGCUGUGCUACCUCAAGGGGAAGUCGGAGGAUGACUGCCAGAACUACAUCCGUGUGCUGGCGAAGAUAGCCGAGAACAGAGUCCUCAUCUGCGGUACGAACGCCUACAAGCCACUCUGCAGGCAUUACCACUUCAAAGAUGGUGAUUAUGCAAUGGAAAAAGAAUAUGAAGGAAGGGGAUUAUGUCCCUAUGAUCCAGACCACAACAGCACAGCAGUUUACAGUGAUGGUCAGCUGUAUACAGCCACUGUAGCAGAUUUCUCAGGCACCGAUCCUCUUAUCUACAGAGAACCGCUUAGAACAGAGCGGUCAGAUCUGAAGCAGCUAAAUGCUCCAAAUUUUGUGAGUUCCAUGGCGUAUGAAGAUUAUAUUUUUUUCUUCUUUAGAGAGACAGCCGUUGAAUACAUAAACUGUGGCAAGACUGUGUAUUCACGAGUAGCUCGGGUCUGCAAGCAUGACAAAGGAGGCCCACAUCAGUUUGGUGAUCGCUGGACUUCUUUCCUGAAGUCACGCCUCAACUGUUCCGUCCCAGGGGACUACCCCUUCUACUUCAAUGAAAUUCAGUCGACCAGUGAUAUAAUAGAUGGCUCAUAUGGGGAUCACGUGGAGAAAUUGAUCUAUGGUGUGUUCACAACUCCUGUGAACUCCAUUGGAGGUUCUGCUGUGUGUGCAUUCAGUGUGAAAUCAAUAUUGGAGACAUUUGAGGGACCAUUCAAAGAGCAGGAGACAAUGAACUCCAACUGGCUUGCAGUGCCAGGUCUCAAGGUGCCUGAACCCAGACCUGGUCAGUGUGUCAAUGACAGCCGUACUCUGCCAGAUGUAUCUGUCAACUUUGUCAAGUCUCACACAUUGAUGGAUGAAGCAGUGCCGGCAUUCUUUUCUCGACCUUUACUUAUUCGUAUUAGCCUUCAAUACAGGUUUACAAAAAUUGCUGUAGAUCAACAAGUAAGGACUCCAGAUGGAAAAGCCUAUGAUGUCCUUUUUAUUGGAACAGAUGAUGGAAAAGUGAUCAAAGUUUUGAACUCAGCAUCAUUUGAUUCAGACAAGUCAGUUAAUAGUGUAGUAAUAGAAGAAAUACAAGUGCUACCACCUAGUGUGGCCGUAAAGAAUCUAUAUGUGGUGCGCAUGGAUGGUGAAGAAAGCAAAUUAGUUGUUGUAUCAGAUGAUGAAAUUCAAGCCGUGAAACUUCAGCGAUGUAACUCUGACAAGAUAACCAAUUGCCGAGAAUGUGUGGCUCUUCAAGACCCAUACUGUGCAUGGGAUAAUGUAGAGCAGCAUUGCACAGCAGUGGGGUCACCUGAUUGGAGUGCUGGCAAGAAGAGAUUCAUCCAGAGCAUUGCCUUUGGGGAACACAAAGCAUGCGGACGGAUAAAUACAGAGGAUGUAGUGCCUGCAGUCCCAAGCCAACCAACAACUAAAGAAAGUGAUGAAACUCUGGCGGCUGUGAUGCCAGUCACAUGUCCCCUGUGUACGUGCACGUGCCCCUCGCCCAGCAGCAGCGGCACCACCACCACAGAUGCCUCAGUGGUCAAGGGCGAUCCCGUUCAUUCAAACCACCCAGGCAGUGAUUUCGAUUCAGAUUUUGACAUCAAUGACAACAGUGAGAUAGUGAUCGAAGUGGACGAAAGCAACGUGAUACCUAACACACUCGCUGAGAUCAACCACGCAGGAGCCAAAUUGCCUUCAUCACAAGAGAAGGUUCCAAUCUUUUCAGCAGAGACAUUGAGCAUUGUUGUGGCCACAUCUUGUCUGGCAGCAUUGGUUGUUGGCUUUGUUUUGGGGUUUCUUUUUUCGCGAUGCUGUAGAGGUGAAGAUUAUAGCAACAUGCCCUACCCUGACCAGCGCCACCAACUAAAUAGAUUGACAGAAGGAGGACUUAAUGCAGAUGCUGCCUAUCCACCAUGUGCAAACAAUAAGGCUGCCAUCAAUCUUGUGCUCAAUGUUCCACCGAAGAAUGCCAAUGGAAAGAAUGCAAAUUCAUCAGCAGAAAACAAACCAAUUCAGAAGGUUAAGAAAACAUACAUUUAGCAGAAGUCCGUGGUGGUUAUCCUGAUGCGGGCACACAUUACUCAUUUUACAAACACGCUACUAAAGAAUGUGCUAAGAAAAGUAAAGGAAUUAUGAACACAUUAAGAAGGAAAAGGAGUUUGUAUUACAGUACAGUGAUUAGUGAUUCUGUGAUUUUGUUUUCUAGUGCUGAUGGAGAUUAUGUGGCAGAAAACUAUCAUAGAGUGAUGUCUGUCAAAAGCAUUAUGAAUAGCAUACUUUUCUCUGGUGAGACUUUUAUGAGAUGAAUGAAGGCAGCUAAUUAUACUAUGUCUUUAUCCAAGUUUUAAUUCUUUCUAUUUUACUGUGAAUAGCAACCAUGACAGGGAAUGAGAGAUGUCUUAUCACAUUCCAAGAUUAAAGGAGGCUAUAGACUUUGAACAUGUGUUGUAUUAAGAAAGUUUUAUCUGUAGCCCUGCUUGCAUGCUGUGCCAAUGACAUGUGGAACCAACUAUUAUACUUAACUGAAUUGAUUCUGAUAGGUUAAAUAUAGAGAGAUCGUGAUAAUAGUUUUGCAUGUAUCAGAAAAUGCACUCAGUCUUGAGUGUGCUUAUGUGAGAUGAAGAGAACAGUGCAGCAGUAUGCUUACAGUCGGACAUAUAAACAUCAGCACAGUCACAUAGAAAUGAAAGUGUUUCUUAAAAAUGGAAUGAGAAUCUUGUCAUAGAAUGUGCAGUGUGUGCUAUUUUAAAAUGUAUUAUUUUAAAUGCAAUGUUUUUGAUUAGCAUGUUUACAAAUUUACUGGUACUACUUACAUAUUAUUUGUAAAGUAAUUUGUACACAAAAUUAUUAAUUUGAUUUACCAUUAUAGUGAUGUGUAGAAAUGUGAAUGAAAUGGGAAAAUGGGCUUUAGCUCUAACAGUAAAUGCAGUAAUAGUCAGAUGGUUGGUUUUGCUGUUAAGUUUUUGUAGUUUGCACUUUUAGAUGAAGAAGUGCUUGAAAAGUGAGUCACAUUCUUUUUCAUCAAAACAUCAAAAGUAGAACAAAUAUAUUUGCGCUUUGAGCUAUAAACCCAGGUGAUUAAAGAUCUCAGAUAUUUUUAUUCAGUAGAGAGUUUAAUGAGAAUGUAUAAUUUUCUGAUGAUGAGUGCCCUGAAGAGCUGUGAAGAGAUGAGAUUAAUUAAAUUGUAUGCUAUUUUGGAUUUUAAUUUGACUGUUAUUUUGUAUGCUACUUUUUAAAGUCACUUAACAUUUCCUUCCCAGUUAUGUGAGUGUUGCAUGUUUUAUAUUGCCGACUGUACAUAGCCAGUGAACCCACCCUUUCUUCCAGUAUUGUUUGUGUGCAGAUAGUUUCAUCCAGCCUGUACAAAUUAGUGCUAAGAUUCUCUAUUACAUAUUAUUAUUUGAUAUUCACAUUUGAUUCACCUACAAGCUGCAUUAUAAAUAUAAAAAAAGACUGAGAGCAGAAAAAAUAUUAUUUGUAUAUAAGUAAUUGUAAAUAGUUACAUAAUGCAUUGUUAAUACUACAUUAAAUACAUUUUCAAUUUAAUGAUUCUGUAAAGUUAAAAGUGAAAAAUUAACUGCAGAAAGAUAUUUUGAUCAAAAGCAGAUCUUACAAGAGUAGUAAUUGUGAAAUAUUUCUUUAUACUUUAAUUUGAACUGUACAGAAUCUCUCCUUGUGAUGAGGCUAAAGGUUGGACUCUACAUGCCAUUUACUAAAUGUUACACUACAUUAUUAAUUUGGCUGCUACCUGACAUAUCAUCACCUGCACCCUGCACAGUUAUAAGCACUAGUUCUGUCAUAGUAUGGAUAUAAAGGAACAUGUGAAGGAAAGAUGUUUUUAUGGGAACACUCUGUUUUUUAUGUUGCAUCCAUCUGUAUUUUUAUUUGUAUUGAAUGCCAAGUUCUUCCAUGAAGUUUAUAAAAAAUGGUCAUGUGAUUGGAAUGUACCAUCUUUGGCCAUAGAGUACAAGAUACUUACAGAUGUGUCUUCAUUAACUACUAAAUGUUCAAAAAAGUAGUUUUAUAUAAGAUUUCAUUAUUUUUAUUAUCAAAAUAUUUUGGCUAUGAGAUGAAGGAAUUAUGUGAAUCCAAUAUUUGAGGUGCUUUUAACUUCUGAUAUACCACCAAAUAACACAAAUAUCACAGAAACUUGUGGUAGGUACAUCAUAAGUUUAGUAUUAUUAAAGAAAAUAAGAGUGAAGUGAAAAUGAGAAGGGAGGGCAAUUGGAUGAGAAUUGUAAACAGUUUCAACAGAUGAAAAACACAGUAUAACCAUUACAGUGCACACGGAACACAUAAUGUUGAUAUGUUGUCUGAUUACCAGGUUCAUCGCACAUAAUCAUAACAACUUCAGAAAGUGUAUUCUGUAUUGGAAUACACAUAAUAUGCAUUCUUUGCUACGUGCAUUUGGAGGUAUUAAAUCUUCCUUGUUCAGUAGUUACCACUUUGGCCACCAGAUCACAGCACCUCAACGUCUACCUCAUGAUUUUCCUCAUCCUUAAUCUUGUUGUAUCCACUUAUAGGAUAUUUAAAGGUAUGAUUCUGAGUUUGUACAGAAUAGCACAACCUCUACAUCAGAUUUAAUCCAAAUUCAUCCAAUGGUUCUUGGAGAGAGAGUCAGAUGGAAGACACAACCAGCUCUUAAUGCAUUCUAGCUAUGCACUUUGUGCAAAGAGUGCAUAAUAAUGGAAUAAUUAACUUGGAUGACAGGUCAUGUAUAUCAAUUUUGUGGUUGAUGUUGCCAUGCUGUGGCAGGCAGGUUCCAAGCAUAUUGAUUAAAUUGCAGUCUUCAUUUCAAGAGAUAAAAUUCUUAAGAUCAGCCUGCCACAAUAUAGUGUUAUCAUUGAUACUUUCACAUCGUCAGCAUCACAGAUCCAGCUUUUGGCUGUUCUCCUACAAGGAUUAUAACCGUCUUCCAUUGUUUUGUCCAGUGUCCCUAGCAUCUUCUCCAUAUGCAUUGAGCAACGUCAAGAUUCAGUUUUCAGGUGUUCCUGUGAUAGUAUUGCAUUGUUUAUUGGUGUAUGUUAUUCCCAGGUCUUUUAUAAUAUCUUCACUGCAUUUAUUAUCUAUCAUCCUGUACAUUGUGACCUCUUUUUGGGAACAUAUUUCUGCAAUUUCUGUUCUUCUCAUUUAUUUGUUCAUUAACAUUCAGUAGCUGCAUCCAUAUAAAAGCAUGGAUGUGGCUGUUGUUUUAAAUUUUAUUAAGGUUUGCUUUGGGAAGGACCCCAGUAACAUAACUGCAUAGAAUUGCGAAACUUACUUCAUUGUACAUUAAUAUCCUGGUUUCUCUUAGUCCAUAUUGCAAUCUAAAUAGUAAAAAUCCGUCACUUGUUUAAGUAUUUUUAUUACCUAAAAUAGUUACUGCCUUUAUAAGUUCCUUUCUUCUGCUUGUGAUCAUUUUUGUUUCUGAGAUGGACAUGUUCAUAUUAUAUUAAUUAAUUAUAUUUACUGUAUUUGUUAAUUAUAUUAAUGACAACAGCAGGAAAAUCUACCAAAAAGAAAUAUGUGAAUUUCAACAAACCACCAUGAAUGCCUUAACACUUUGAUAAGGUUGAAGGUUUUCCAUUCAUCAUAUUCAUAAUGCUGAACAAACCAAACCAAAUGUUUUCAUGAUUAGUGUUUCUGGAAACAUUAAAGAUUUCUUUGUGUCUUCAUCAGUAUAUUUUUAAAGACCACAUCACUAAAGUGGAGGAAAAAGUAAAUUCAUAUUCCUUUCUGGUUACUCUGUCAACAAUUUUCUAUAUAUUUAGGAUUCCACUUUUAAUUUCAAUGGCUUAAUUGGUUUAUUGCAGGGAUGUUAUCUUGUGUUGAUAUAUAAAGGGGAUUUAUCUUGUAUCUUUCAUUUAUGCACCAAAGUCUGCACUUCUGUGUACAAAAUUCAAAGCUUAAGUCUAGGAGUUUGUUUAACUAGGUCAGUAUUUAAGUCAUACUUAUUCCCUGUGUACUAGGAAAUGUAGAAACACAUUCAGUGAACUACCCACAUCUAAAUGAAAUUACUGAAAAAUCUGUUUGUUCUGCCUUUGCUAAUACUCUUGUAGUUAAUUUAUUACAUGGUAAAUAAAUUACAUUAUUACAUUCCUCAGCUUUAGUGAUUACUUGAGUGCCUUUAGAUGUAAAUCAGUUGAAAAACUUACGAGAAUCUAUUUCUAUAAUGUAAGUUGUGAUAUUCAUUAAUGAAUAUAGUUGAGACUAUUUAAUUGAUUCAUUCAUGUAAAUGAAGUUAUGAAACCUUAGAUUUUCAUAUACUGUGGUACAGACCUUUAUCACUACCUGUUUUAAAAUUCAUAGCUACUAUGGUAUGAUUGAAUUUUUUAACAGAUGGAUAAUAUUUUUUGCCCUUUUCAUGGUAUCAGUACAAGAAAAUUGUUAUAAUUAUCAGUAUAUUAUGUCUUCACCACAGUAGUAAAACAUCAAUUUUUAUUAAUACUUUUGUUUUUCAGAUCUGCCACCAAACAGAAAUGAUAUUUUAAAAUUUGUUUUUGUUUCUAGUGGUCUAAAGGUUUCUAUAAAUUUUUUUGUGACACAAUAGCUGUUCACCAUUGCCUGUCCAUUUCUUUUCCUUCCCCCCUACCUCAAAUCUCUGUGACAGUGUCUGAAACACAAACGUAAUAUAUGUAGUGUCAACAAACUUCUGUAAGGAUGCUCAUUUUAUUCUUUUUGAACACUGUAUAAUUGCCAAUGAUAGGCAGAGUAAAGCUAUGCCCAAGGCUGGCCAUAGGGCACUGGCAAAACUAAAAAGAAACUUAUUACCAUUACACUGAUAUAAUCUUAUAGAAAUUAAACUUUUCACCAAUAGAGACAGCAAUUUAUUUUUAGAGAAAUGUAGUCAAAAUUGCUUUUAUUUUAACAUUUUUUUAUUUUGUUUGGAUUAUAUUUAUCACCAUUCUGUCCAGUUUUGUACAAAGUAAACAUUAAGAGAAUGUUCAAACAAUAAUAUUCAUCUGAUUUGUUUAUGUAAUCUCAAAAAUUCAUUGAGGCAAGGAAAUGAUCCUUCUUAUAUCAACUUUGAUAACAUGUUAGAACCUACAGCAAGAUAUGUUUUACAAUUUGUUUAGAUUAUGUCACUGUCAACAGAUGGCUCUGACAAUAUGUUCGUAUCAGUAUUGAAUAGUUUAUGCAACAUAUAAUAAAAUCUGAUUAAAAAUUUCAGUAUGAUUGGACAAAUUGCCUCUUGAUCAAAAAUCACUAGACUGCAGGGGUAAUUUGAUGAAUUUCUGUUUUGAUCUGAGUGUGUUAAAAUACAUUUGUGACUAAUGCCUCAUAGAGUUUGAAAUUUUUGUAUAAUGUGUAAAUGAUUGGCUUCAAGUGUCAGGCAGUAGUCAAGUUGAAAUAAUGUGGUCCAUGAGCCUUAUUGACACAUAUGCUGUGUUCUUUUGUGUGUACUGCAAAUGUCAAAGUAGUAUAAUGGCAAAAUCAGAAUUGCUGGAAAAGAUUAAAGUAUUUCUGUUAAUGAUUAAACUGCAAUGACAACAAGAGAUUAUAGCUUACAUCAGCCAACUUUUAAAAAAAAUAUAACUGAACUUGUGUUUAAAGCGAGUUGAAAUGUGUAUCAUUAGCAGAGCUAGGAGGUGUAGUUUGUCAGCCAUUUGAUAAGUUUGUGUAUCCUGUUUGGAACAUUAAAAUAAAACCUAGUGCAGGAAAUAUCUGUGCUCAUUUCUGGAAAGCAGUGUGAGUGAAAUUGUAUAUGUUGAAUUUAACAAGAACAUUUAUCAGCAUAAAAACAUUAUAUUAUCCUAGUCAUGACUGGAACAAUUUUUUGUUAUUGAUAUGCAUAUCAUCUCAUUUUAAACUCAAAAUUUGGGUCGUUAUUGUUACAGCAGUGUCCACAUGCUGAAGUGUAAAGUACCCUCCUGCACCUAUUUUUUAACAUUUUUAAUAAUUUUCUGAAUGUUAGAACACCUUUAUGCGGUGACAGUACAGUUCUAGAUUGAUAUUACAAUUUUAAAUUAGAUUCAGGAUAUUUGGUCUGGAAGUAACUUUUCUGUCACUCUUAUUAAAAGCCUUUGGUAUUCUUAUUAAGAAUCUAAAUGAACCUUGAUUAACCAACUCAAUUUAUUCAUCUGUGUUAAAUUCUUAAGUGGGAGUUCCUUUCAGGCCGAACACCCGCGGAGGAAAUAUUAAAAGGGUAUGUUAAAAUGUGUUGAUUCUAAACUUUUGAAAGUUGUUAAUGGACACUACGUGUUAUCCAUUAGUAAUAAUUAAUGGAUACUGCAAUGUAUGUAUUGCUAUGAAUUGUAAGCUGUGCAUAUAUUUUAAAAACUUCAGACCAUUAUUGUAAGUUUUGUGAAAAUACAUCAAUACAAAUCCA